AUGACUCCUCUUGGUCGCGUACUACUAGCCCUCGCGGUGCCCAGGGCAGUUCUGUCCGCAAGCUCGAUCGAGGUCGAUACAAGCUCCCUCUUACAAGAGAUCCAUGGUUUCGGUUUUUCUCAAGCCUUUGGGCGCGCCAGCGAGUUCGAGGCUGCCAGCGCUGAUCUUCAACAGCAGGCCCUGGACCUCCUCUUCAGUACAGAAACAGGGGCUGGGUUCAGCAUAAUCCGGAACAACAUCCCAUCUAGUGUUGAUAGCACCAUUGAGCCAGAGAGCCCUGGUUCGCCGUCAGCUACACCCAAUUACACAUGGAGCGGCGAUGAUGCCGGACAGGUAUGGUUUACCAAGCAGGCUGUGUCAUAUGGCGUGUCAACCAUCUAUGCGAAUGCUUGGAGCGCACCGGGGUUUAUGAAAACCAGUGGUGAUGAGGCGGCGCCUGGCUACCUUUGUGGAACGACCGGUCACAAUUGUACUUCCGGAGACUGGAGGCAGGCUUACGCGAAUUACCUUGUCCAGUAUGUCAAGUACUACGUGUCCGAAGGGCUACCCAUUACCCACUUAGGCUUCCUCAACGAGCCUGACUACGAGACUAGCUAUUCCCAAAUGCAGAUCAGCUCAGACGCAGCGGAAGCCAUCUCAUUCAUUCCAACUCUAUACCAAACCGUCCAAGACGCUGAUCUAGACCUGAACAUCACAUGCUGCGAUGCCAUCGGCUGGGACGGCCAGGAAACCUACACGACUGCCCUCAAUGCCGCCGGUAUGGACGAGUAUCUCAGCACAAUCACAUCCCACAUGUACACCAGCGACGCCACCUCUGCUAUAGACACAAGCCUGCCAACCUGGCUCACCGAAGCCGGCGUAGAAACCAGCGACGCGCCCUUCACCACGACAUGGCACGACUCUGGCGCACCCAACGAGGGCAUGGUCUGGGCUAGCAAGCUCGCCACAGGAUUCAUCGACGCGAAACUCUCGGCUUACCUCUUCUGGGAGGGCUUUGAGAUUGACGAGAGACAGUCGGCUAGCCACCUGGUUGAUGUGGGUUCUAGCGGUGCCGCCGAGGGCUCGGGGAUCUUCUAUGCCUUUUCCAUGUGGUCGCGCUUUAUCCGGCCUGGGGCUCAUCGGGUAGAGACCAGCGGAUCAGUGGACGAUGUUGCAACGGCAGCGUUUGUUAAUACUGACGGCUCGGUUGUCGUAGUGCUGACGAACAGUGGUGAUGUGACGCAGACUGUGCAGAUCGGGGUGUCGGUGGACUUUACGGCCGCGGACGCUUGGGUUACGGACAACGACCGUCAGAUUGCAGAGACGAAUGUUACGGUCAGUGGUGGCAGUGUUGGGCUUGAUGUUCCGGCGCAGGGCGUUGUUACUGUGAAGCUUGCCUAG